CGCCAACUUCGCUGUGGCGUUGCUGCUGUUUGUUCGUUUGGCAGACGAGAACGUUAUUCUGGGUCGCACAUCGUCGUGGUUGGAGCGAGCGACAAAGACCUCUGCUGGUUGCUGUGGGUUUGGGUGGUCGUGCUGUUGUUGUUGUGAGUGAGCACACGCGAGCGCACGCCACGAUCGAACUGGCGCACAGGAACCGAUACAGGGGCGCGUGGCCAUGGCGGGACCAGACAAGCAACGGCCACCACACCAGGACGAGGCGAAGAGGAAAGGCAGGAGGAGGAAAAGGAAGAAGAAACAGCAGCAGAGCAGCAGCAGGACACUGGGCAGACGAGGGCACCAACAGCAACAGCAACAGCAACAGCAACAGCAACACAGAGGUGAUCAUCACCAGCACCAGGAAGCUUCCUCUGCGUCCUCGCCCCACACGGCAACAAUGCCCCAGCGCAGUGCCGCGGGUGCUGCUGCUGGACGAGGAGGAGUGCACAGUAGCGCACGUGGCCCGCAUCACAGCAGGGCGACGCAAAGACACAGACGACGGCAUGCCAAUCCCCCACACCCAGAGCAAACACAGCCACCCAAGCGCGGCAAACACGCCGCCGAACGACACAGAGGAGACCCACAACCAUCAUCGUCGUCAUCAUCAUCAUCAUCAUCAUCAUCAUCGCGAUCGCGUCGCUCCACACAACAGCAGCCGCGGGGCACGCCCACCGGAGCGGAGCACGCUGCCGCGGUGCAAGGACCGCUCGGAAAGCUUCCUGGGUUUUACUACGAUCCGCUCAAGAAGAACUACUUCAAGCUCAAACCUGGGCAGAAGCCGCCCGUCUUCUCGCCCGCGGCAACGGCAUCACCAGCAGCGCAGAAGAAGCAGCAGGAGGAGCGGCGCAGGCAGCAGCAGCAGGCACGCGCGCGUCGCAGCAGGCUAGCAACGCUCAACGCACCGCAGGGCCACUGUGCAUGGCAGAACUUGGCCUGCGUGCGGCACGCAUGGCGCAGUGGCCGCCUUGGUCUCGCCCGUGCAACACUGCCAUCUUGGCCUGUCAUGCACGACGCAACAUCGGCACCCAGCGACGCUGCUGGCAGCUCCGCCGCCGCCCACACGUGCGCGGUUGUGAGUGCAGUGCCCACCACGCGAUACCGUGAGCUGAUGACGCGGCUGCUGAUACGGGCGACGGGCUUGCAGCGGAAGGUGGCGCACGUGACCGUUGGGUUCCCCAUCGCCAGCAUCGGCUGUGUGGAUGCGCGUGGCAACCCGCCCCGCAUCUCCCUCCUGGCAACGCGUGCUGUGGUGUGCACGGUCGCGCACCCGUCCACAUUCUUCCCCCACCCGCUAGCUCUCAGCGCACCACCUACACACCACUCGCGCGCGCGACAGCUGCGGCACUGGCAGCGCGAUGCCCUCACCAGCAACGGUGGCGAUGGUGGUGGACAGAAUGGACGUGGAGGCGCGCUGGUGUCGGUUGGUGGUAGAGGUGGUCACGGCGAAAGCGACGAUGAAAGCGAUGACGACGAUCUUGUUGUUGGAGCUGGUGGUGGUGGCGGUGUGGACAUGCCUGCCGCAGUCUUCAUCACCACGCCCGUAGUAUCGUCCACGCUGACAACUCAUGGUACAUCUGGUGAUGAUGGUGAUGAUGGUGGUUGUGGUGACUGUGACGGUGAUGAUGAACAGUGGACAUCCCGUACACUGUGUGCUGGUGAAAAUGGCAGGACAUGGGGAAACACAGCACCACCACCACCACCACGCCCACCACCUUUGUCACAAUCAGCACAAUCCACUUCCACAUCCACACCAUCAGCUGUAUCAUCAGUAUCAUCGGCACCACCGCCCACGCGAUCGGUGUGUCCGCGAUUGCCGUUGGCACAUGAGCCCACGCCGCCGCUGCUGCCGCUCCCGCGUGUUGUGCAAGGGCCUGUGCACUGCAGUCAGGGGUCGCACAUGCUGUAUGAGCGUGGCAUGGAGUUUUUCGUCGUCGGUCCAGAUGACCGCCCCGUUCACGUGCCUGUUGCCUGCAAGCACAACUGCAUGUGUGGCCCGACCAUGCUGAGCGUGAGCCAGCCUGCGGACGGUGGCCCCUUUGCCUGCAUCGUCGCCUGCGAACGCACCGCCACCCUCUACCGACAACAACAACAGCGGCAACAGCAACAGCGGCAACAGCAACAGCGGCAACAAGAGGAUUGUGUGCAGUGCGUGACGCGGCGCGGACGAAGCGACUUCACCGCGUGCGCCAUUGUCGGCGGUGAGGGUACAGAGGCGUGGCUUGCGCAGCGUGACGGCUCGCUGUGGCUCCUCGCUGAUGAUGGCUCAUUUGCGCGCCGCGCCAAGUUUAAGCACUCCGUUGCGUCGCUGCUGUCGCUGGACGGGGGAGCGCGGCUGCUUGUGCAGCAGCUGGGCGGGGUGAUGGCGGUGUACGACAGGCGUGACCUCUCCACGCCUCUAGUGACGUUUUCCGAGCACGUGAACACGCACGUCUACGGCAACAUGCCGUGCCUGGAUGACAGCGGGCGCGUGCUUGCAUGCAUGGGCUCGGACAGUCACCUUCGCCUGUGGUGGCGCGACACGGGGGAGCUGCUCGCGUGCCAUCACCUCAUCACAACUCACCCGGUUCGCAUCCGCCUCUGCGGUUCUGCCCUCCAGCCCCCGCUCUUCCUUGUUGUGGGCGUCCACCAGCAGUGUCGCGUGUACUCCAUUUUGGGGCCCUGACCUGGUGUGUGCGCGCGCAGGUGGCAGUGUCUUCGAGUCUAGGUGCACAGAGUUGAGGUGGGGCGGCAAGAGAGGAAGGGGGUGAGGGGAGGUGUGUCGACGCAGUCUUUAAAUGUGAGUGGAUGCAGGGUCGUGCCGGUGUCCCUCUGUUGAUAGCUGACUCUGUGUGUGUGUGUGUGUGUGUGUGUG